AUGCUCAGACCAUGGUUUUUGCCUCUAGAUGACCGAGCCGUACGAGAAAGUGAGAGAAAGGCUGCCAAGCUGCAUUUUAGUCAGUUGGGUAACAAUGAAAAUUUUCUUUUAGAGGUGGAAAAAAGCUCUAGGGAGAAGACAGUGAAAAACUGUGUAGCAAAUGAGAGCACUGCAUCAAAAGUCAGCACUGAUGUUGAUGACAGGAUUGAAACUGGCUCAAACAAAGGACUUUUUAUUCCCUUCCCUAACUGGGAAAUAAAGGAUUCCCCAACAAGUACUUCUGUAACCCAGGGCAAUGGUAUACCAGAUCAGAAAUUAGACACUUUGCCACUGGGGACACAGAUGCAGGAAGUGGCAAGAAAGGAGAUACCAAGUGAGAAUCACCAGGAAGAUGAAUUCAGACGCUACUUGCCUCAUCAAUCCACAGUUCGAACCCCAGAGAAGAUGGCUAGAGAAGGGUACCGAAUAUCUUUUUUGGACAACAAGUCUUCAGGUUCUUCUCCAGAAAAGGAUUUGAUACCAAAACCUGAUACUUAUCAGCUUACCCAUGACGCCUCAUUGGGUAAACGCCUGGAUGUGGGUGAUUCUAGACAGAUUCAUCCCUAUCAGUUAACUUCAGAUGCUGGUCUAGAAAAUGAUGAUAGUCAUUAUUCUCAAAAUCCAUCCCUGCAUGGAAGUCUUGGUAAAAGGCCUCAGAGAAGCAGGAACUACCGAGAAUAUAGCACAAAACCUUCAAAUAACAUGAAGGCCACCACAUCCCAUUCCUGCGGAGACUUACUGACUUCUCUGUCAAACCCUGACUUCAGCACUGGAAGGCUUUUGAAGCUUAGUUCAGAUCUGUAUGCCACAACCCAUUUCAACAGCGACCCUGCUCUGCUGGUGAAUGUAGAGCAAAACUUAUCCACCAGCCUCGGCGAUUUAACACCAGCACAUGGUUCUUUCCCAAACAACACCAUCCUGGGAGACUCUCUGCGGACACUGCUGUUGCCUACUGGGACUUCAGAAAACAGAGAGAGUUUGACCAAGGGGUCAUUAAGCCCAUCGAGAAGAGGAUCCAAACGGAAAGAAAAUAUCCUUGAUACCCUGAAUCCAAAACAUGGUUUCAGAGAUGCUACAGGCAGCGAGCCUCUCUCUAGUGACCUGGGCAGUUUGCAUGGUUUGCCAGGAAACCACAGUCCCCCAAUCUCUGCCAGAGCAUCCCAUGUGGCCACUGUCCUCAGACAGCUCCUGGAGCUUGUGGAUAAGCACUGGAACGGUUCCGGCUCCCUCCUCCUCAACAAGAAGUUUCUGGGUCCUGCCCGAGAUCUGCUUCUGACUUUGGUAGUCCCUGCUCCUUCUCAGCAGUGGUGUCACUCACGUCCUGAAGAUACAUCAAAACCCUCCCACAAGAGGGAGAUGGAACUGAAGACGACGGGGCAGCUGGUCCCUAAUGACAUGGAAAGUUUGAAGCAAAAACUGGUCAGAGUGCUGGAGGAAAACCUUAUUUUGUCAGAAAAAAUCCAGCAAUUGGAGGAAGGUGCUACCACCUCGAUUGUGAGUGCGCACCAGUCCCACACUUAUGAUGAUCUUCUGCACAAAAACCAACAGCUGAACAUGCAGGUGGCUUGCCUGAACCAGGAGCUUGCCCAGCUGAAAAAGCUGGAGGAGAUAGUGGCCCUUCUCCACGAAAGUCAGAGAUCCCUGGUGGUAACUAAUGAGUAUCUGCUGCAGCAGCUGACUAAAGAGCAAAAAGGUUAUUCUGGGAAAGCACUCCUGCCGCCUGAGAAGAGUCAUCAUUUGGGGAGAUCAUCGCCCUUUGGGAAAAGCACUCUGUCUUCCUCCUCACCAGUGGCACAUGAUACGGGGCUGGAGGAAGUAUUCCUCUUACUGUAUGCUGGUGGGAGAGGUAGAGCUGUCUGAAACUCUUCCCUGAGCAAUGCAAGGUCAGCGGAGUCAGGAGGAUCCCACAACUGUCAGCCAUUAGGCAAGGCUCUGCUGUGACCAGGUGAUGAUCUCUGCUUUCUAAUUCCCACCUCACCCCCCAGCGUCUCUGUUCCAAGCCACACUACCACUCUUUACCCUCACUCCAAGUGACUUUGGGCUCAAGGGACUCCGGGGCCACCUGGGGCAAGAACAUCCUAGAACAGCCCGAGGGAGAGGGAAUAAACAGUUGUGCUGCUUUGCUUUAUUAUCUGGGUCAAGAAAAAAUAUUUGUGGAUGUGUGCCUUUUAAGCCUUUUCUAGCACUCUUAGGGACUCUGGGCAGUCCCUGAGUUCCAUCCAGCCCACUUGUCAGCAGGAAGGAGGGAGAGUUGGCCCCAAAGCCUUAGACUUGGGAAUAACUCUGGCCUAACACUGAGAACCUCAGAGGGGAGAAAAGGUUGAUCUGAAAGCUCCCAGGAGUUCUCAGGAUCAGAGAGAGGACCCCCUCCCCGCCACUGCCCUGCAACCUGGGAUGAUGAACAGAUGGGAGGGAAUCAGCAAGAAGAGGCCCCUUCAGUGUUGGACACCCUGCUCACCUGUCAAAGGCUGAUGUUGGGUGCCAAGUUCUAUUGCUGGCCAUCCAGCCUCAUUUUUGGAAAUCAGUGUUGGGGCUUGCUGUGUUAGAAACAGCCUGGCCAGGGAGGCAAGAGGCAUGGUUCUGGCCUCUGUUCUGCAGAAGCCCUUUCACUCUCUGGGCCUGAGUUUCCUCAGCUAUAAAAUUGGGAGUUGAACUGUCUACUGUCUGCUGUCUUG